UUUUUUUUUUCUAUUUUUUUACUUGUACUGAGCAUGACAAUACUGAAAAAAUUAUUUUCUCAUCAAGCAACACGCUCAUUCUUCAAAAGUGCUCUCUGUAAAGAACAGCCUAAAAAGUUACGUGUAGACAAUAAUGUUCAAUCCACUUUCCAUUUCUACCAUUCCAAUAAAAUACUUGAAGAUUAUGUAUCUCAAUCUGUCAAUCCAACUACAUUACGUCAAUUCAUCUUUUUUGGAAGACACAUGAAUACAGAUCGUCUUCUCAAAUCAGCCAACUGGGUACGUAAUGAACUACUUAUAAGAUUAGCUCAUCGUAUUCGUGAUUUUCAACAAUUGCCCUUUUUUAUCGGCACUAAUCCACAUAUUGAGCAUGUUUAUAGUCUCUAUUGGAGUGCCUUUGAAAAUAUACGUGCUUGUCCUGAUAUUAAAACUCAGGAGGACAAUAAGGAAUUCUGUCGACUUCUCAAGGAUUUGUUAGAAGAUGGUCUCUUAGUAUUGCCUCGAUUGGCCCAGGGUCUAAGUGAGAGUGCAACUUAUUAUAGAUCAUCUGCCCAAAAAGAUCUCGACUUAUUCUUAAACCGUAUGUUGAGAUCUAGGAUAUCACGACGCGUAUUGGCAGAACAGCAUUUAGCAUUAACAGAAGGAUGUGAAAAUGAGUGGGAUACAUCGACUGGUUCGGAUGGUUAUGUGGGUAUUAUCUUUAUGCAUUGUUCUGCAAGUGAAAUUGUGGAAAGAUCUAAACAACUUGUAUACCAGCAUGUACAUCGAUAUCAUUCAAAAGAGCAAGAUAAGUCAAAGGUUCCGUCAAUUGAUGUUCAAAUCCAUCAACAACAUCACCAUCUUGAUUCCCGUUAUCAUAACGGAAGAAAUGAGAUUUUAUUUGCUUAUGUACCUGAACAAUUAGAACAUAUUCUAUAUGAAUUAUUAGAUAAUGCAGUACGAUAUACAAUAUUAAACCAUGGUAAUAAAGACAAGUAUCCUGCUAUUCAAGUUACAGUGAGUGGAAAUGAUUCAGAUGUGUUUUUUCGAAUAUCUGAUCAAGGGGGCGGUAUGUGUCAACAACGGUAUGACUGUUUAUGGUCUUAUCAAUCACGAGCGCAGAUGGGUGAUUUUAACGAUUUCAAACAAAUUCAAAAGGUUCCUGCAUCUAUUGAUGAACGAGCAAGUCAAGCAACACAUCAUCAUCUUGGUAUUGGUUUGACAAUGAGUCGUAUUUAUGCAGAAUAUUGGGGAGGCGAAUUACAAGUGAUGACUAUGGAUGGAUAUGGCACAGAUGUCUAUGUUCGAAUUCCAAGACUAGGGACUCAUAUAGAGAAUUUAGGUAUUGGACAACAUAACCCUGUAUUUUAUACGAAUAGCAGCAGCAGUACCUCUACUAGUAUAUUAAAGAAAAAAAGGAUAGUUAAUCAUAAUCCCAAAGAAACGUUAAAGUCAAAUGCCGCUACGAACGAACAGUCAGCACAUGGUAUAUUAAAAUUUAGCAAUGGAUGGAGUCAAAGUUAUAUGAUUCGAUCUUAAAAGAAGCACUGUUUGUUUGUUUAUUUAUUUAUUUAUUUAU